AGGAGAAGAAAGCCAUUUUCCCUUAAAUUCUGGCAGGGGAACGAGAACGCAGAGCUUAAUUGUUCUCAAUAUCUCUACUGUUCUCGGUAUUUUAACAAGAGUCUUUGGUUGUCUUCUGUGUGCUGUUAUUUGUGCUUCAGCAUGGCGGUCGUCAUCCGUUUACAGGGACUGAGAGUCACAGCGGGUGCUGAGGAUAUUCGCAGGUUCUUCACUGGCCUCAAAAUUCCGGAUGGAGGGGUGCAUAUAAUUGGUGGGGAGCGAGAGGAGGCUUUCAUUAUCUUUGCUUCAGAUGAGGAUGCAAGAAGAGCCAUGACCCGGUCAGGUGGGCUCAUUAAAGGCUCACCUGUUACAUUGCUGUUAAGCAGUAAAACAGAGAUGCAAAGCAUGCUUGAAAGAACUACAAAAAUUGUGGAGCUGGAUCAGAAGAGGCGACUUGAAGAUGAUGUAAGACAUCCUCGCAGGUCUAUGGACCCCGAGAUGGGCAGGAGAUCAGGCAGCAGGUCAGGUGACACACCUCCACCCCUGCUUCAGAGCGCCUCAAACACAGAUGAUGUGUUUUUGUUUCUAAAAGGACUGCCUUUCUCUGUGACUGAAAAGGAAAUCUGUGACUUUUUUAGUGGGAUACUUGUUGAGGAAGUUGUUUUGGUUAAAAAUCGAAAAGGAUCGAACAAUGGGACAGGUUUUGUCAAAUUUGCAACGAGACAGGAUGCAGUGGAAGGGUUGAAGAGAGAUAGGGAAUACAUUGGAUCAAGGUAUAUUGAGAUCUCCACGACAACUUUAAAUGAUUGGUAUCGGGCUACUGGUGGAGUGCAGACAGCUGUCAUGGGUGACAGUUUUCAAAGGGGGAGAUCACCCAUUCCCAAUCAGAGGAAUCCACAACACCGUGCAAGGUCACGAUCGCCUGUUGCCCAGAGACACAUAGCUCCUUCUGAUGAGGAGUAUUGUGUUGUGUUGGAAAAUCUGUCAUUUGCAGUGGAAAAAGAAGAUAUAAAACAGCUUUUUCAUAAUGCAAAACUUGAAGAUGACCAGAUCCUGCACUUGAUUGACAGAGAUGGGAAACGAAAAAGAUCUGCACUGGUUCUGUUCAAGAGUUUGCGUGACUAUUGUGAGGCUUUGGCUCAUGAAAAAAGACAGUUUCUCAAUCGACUAGUGCAUACCCGUCCAAUCUCAAGAGAGAACAUGAUUGCCCUUCUGAAACCUCAAGGUGUCACUGUCCAACCUUCUGGAAACUCUGAAAGAUUUCAGGAGAGGCCUUCAUCUUACUCCAGUGAUCCUUAUGACUCUGAGAAGAUUUGCAUAUUUGUGCGGAACCUGCCUUUUGAUGUGCGAAAAGUUGAGAUUAUCGACUUCUUCCAGGGGUUUAAUAUCACAGAGGACAAUGUGCAUGUGCUACAGGAUCGAGAAGGUGCUGGGGUUGGAAAGGCUUUGGUGGUUUUUGGAUCUGAGGCAGAGGCUAUGAGGGCACUAUCUCUGGAUGGACGGCGGUUUCUUGGGUCAGAAGUCAUACUAAAGUGCAUUUCACGUUCUCAGAUGCAGCAGUUGGGUGUUGAUCCGCCAGUGGUGCAAAAGCCACUGUCGAGAGGGGAGCGGUACUUGGGCAAGAGCGGUGAAGCAUCUUAUCGCAGUGGUGAUGCUUCGUAUUCUAACUUCAGGAUUCCUCGUGAUGGUGAUGUAACAGUGACUAAUGCACGGGACCGCAUCCGUGGAGGCUUUGAUUAUGAGCCUCGUGCAGUGCGGUCUCGGUCUCCAGAAGAUAGGGGUAAUGGAGUUCAUGACAGUUUCCGCUCCCCAGUGGAGCCUUUUGAUGCUCCCACUUGUGUACAGUUAGUUAACUUACCUUUCCAGAUCAGAAGCGAAGAAAUCUAUGAUUUUUGUUAUGGAUAUCACAUAAUACCUGGAUCUGUGUCGCUGCAGUAUGACCAGAGUGGAAAACCUAAAGGCUCUGCUACUUUGGUAUUUGAGUCUCGUCGGGAGGCAUUAACAGCAAUUGAAGAACUAAGCGGAAGACCAAUAGGGCCGAGAAAAAUAAAGCUACAACUUGUGUGAAAGUCACAUUGCUUUUCAUUGGAAAUGUACACAAUGUUGUUCUGAAACAAAGUGAGUUUAAAAACUACUGGCUUGUUUGGGGGGAGGGCGACUGCUGCUGUUGACAUGGCUUUAUGAUUCUGAUUAUAAAACCUUGCAUGUACUCAGUCGUAUUUCUUAUUGUGAUUAGAGUUGUUUUUGAUUUAACCUGAGUGGUAAAAGAAAUAUUUGAUAAAUCUUUUUUGUUUCAGCUUAUAGCAGUGUAAAUGUAUGUUCUAUUUCAUCUCACUCUUUUGUACAGUGUGUCAUUUUAAAAUAAAAAUGCAUACAUUUGAUUUGUUCACAUUAAAUUAGGACCUGCUGACAUAAAGCUUGUCUGUAGAGGAUGCAGGUUAACUGAAUAAAAACCAAACUUUUCAAUUUU